UCUUUUCCGUAAAGAUACUUUCAUUGACAGUUUGUUCAUUUCAUCGGAGUGACGCGAACAUAUUGAAGGAUUUAAAUUUUUUUUUGUCUGUGAGGUCAUCACAAGUCUUUGAAUUGAACAAUCGCAGACGACUAAAUAAAAUAGAUUUGCAAGUGAUAAACAGACGAAGUCUUGCAGGCACCAUGUAGUAGUACCAUUCUCCCUUGCCCUCAGAUUGGACAAUCCUAAACUUAGGAAAUAGGAAUUUGCAAAUGAAUAGAUAUGGCCGCAGAUGAUAUAACACAAACUGGACAAAGCAUUCUAAAUGUAUUUGGCUUAAAAAGUACUCUAAAUGAUUUUGGAGAGAUUUUCUACAAUAUUUUUCUGUGGACUCUGUUUUCCUGUGUGUUAGUGCACUUCAUAGCUGCAGCUAUCGCCUUUUGUCGGCUUCGACAACACAAGAUAGGUCGAUGGAUGCCUGUUGUGAUCAUAGUGAUGGGUUUCCUCUCACCACUGACCGGAGGAGCCCUCUCCAGUGCUGCCAUAGCAGGAUUUUACAGAGGAUCUGACUUUCCCCUGGAGCCAGAAUUUGCAAUGUGCUGGGGAGUGGGACAAACUGUUGUACUGGUGGUUGUUUCAUUCAGCAGGAUAUUGCCCUCCAUAUAGACUAGAGAUUGUGUUGAAGGGUGAAACAAACAAUGAAUAUUCCAUUAACCAUGAUACUUGUAUUGCCCUCCAUAUAGACUUGUGGAUUGUGUUGGAAGGCAGAAUAGACAAUGAAUAUUCCUUAAACAAGAAUACAUGUAUUUCCCUCCAUAUAAACUGUUGGAUUGCGUUUAAGGGAGAAAAAAACAAUGAGUAUUCUAUGAACCAGAGUAUUGCCUUCGAUAUAAACAAAGACAUUAUUAAUAAGGACAAGAAAAACAAUCAAAGGUUUAUUUCAUACCAGAAUAUUGCCCUCCAAUUAACUUGAUGGAUUGUGUUUGAGGGCUGUAUUCCAUAAAACAAAGUAUUGACCAACAUAUAUAGAUUGGUGGAUUAUCUUUGAGGGUGCAUGAUUCAAACAAUUGAUAUUUCUGGCUUACAUGUAAUAUACUUAUUGUGUUAGAGGGAGUGAGAAUCAUGAUUUUAAACCAGAUGUUAUUUAGUAGGUCAUGUUGGAGACUACUUCAAUAGUGGUAAAAUUGCCCUUCAUAUAAAUUACAGUUUAGAACUGUGCUGAACACAGCUGGGAAAUGAGAAAACUAAUGUGUUUUUUCAUGAAUAUUUUAUUUAAGACAAUGGCAUACAAUAUGAAAUUGACAUUGUUGUUACUUAGGUAGAUUAAUCUAUUAUAAAAAAAAAUUCUAAUUAAAACAUUGAGUGUGGGAGCUAGUGAAACAAGACAGCAGAAAAUGAUACUAUUUAGUCUUACUCUUAUUAAGAUUAUCUUCCCUGUUACUCAGCUUGCUGUAUAUAAAGAAUGCGUUAUUUUUGUGGUUUGUAAAAUGGUAUAUGUGCAAUAUUACAUGAUCUCUGUGCAUGUGGAUUAAAACUGACACGCUU